UUUUUUUUUUCUUCUUUCUUUCUCUUUUGUUCCCUACAGAAGCGUGAGAAGAGUAGACUCAUUCCCCCUUCCUCUUCCUUCUAUUCCACCCUCUCUUUUUUUUCCUCUCACUCCUCGCGUCCUUUAUUAAACCUUUUUUUUAAUGCCUCGAGACUCGUCUUCGGGCGAGCCCCUGCUGGGCCAGCAUCGCCAAAACAACAGCAACAAUACUUCCAGCAAGUUUGGUAUCACUGUCGAGCAGUUGGCUCCUUUGACUGAUCCCACCAACCCAACGCUCCCUAGUGAUCUCGGUGGUAUCGACAAGAUCUGUAAGGACCUCAAAGUCGACCCCAAGGUCGGACUGAGAUCUGAUGAGGCUGAUGAAAGCUCCCUCGGCCAUUCAGACGCCCCCAAGUUCGAAGCUCGUACUCAAGCCUUUGGUCGCAAUAUUCUCCCCACAGUCAAGAGUGCGAGCUUCUGGGAGCUGCUCCUGGAGGCCUACAACGACCGCACCCUCAUCCUGUUGUCCAUUGCUGCCGUGGUUUCGCUCGGUGUGAGCAUCUAUGAAGACUAUGGUCCUCAUCACACUCCCGGUGAACCUCGUGUUGGCUGGAUUGAGGGUACUGCCAUUCUCGCUGCUGUUGCUGCUGUUGUCUUUACAAACGCCAUUAAUGACUAUCAGAAGGAGCGCCAGUUCCAAAAACUAAAUGCCAAGAAGGAUGAUCGCUCUGUUAAAGUCUUGCGCGACGCUCGCGAACAAGAGAUCAAUAUCAAGGAAGUCGUGGUUGGAGACGUCUUACUCAUGGAGCCUGGUGAUCUCUUGGCUGUUGAUGGUAUCAUCCUAAAGAGUCACAACAUCACCUGCGAUGAGUCCUCGGCCACGGGUGAAUCUGAUGCGAUGAAGAAGGAUACCGAACAAAAUUGCUAUGUCAUCUCGGGAUCCAAAGUCCUUGACGGAUCUGGUGCUAUGCUUGUCACAGCUGUUGGACCUAACUCAUUCUAUGGAAAGACCAUGAUGGCCAUGCGUGGUACCACUCAAGAGGAGACGCCCUUGCAGGUCAAACUGGACUUCUUGGCAGAAUCGAUUGCCAAGCUUGGUAUGGCUGCUGCUAUUGCUAUGCUUCUUACCCUUAUUGUCAAGUACUUUGUCCAACAAGCAUUGUCCGAUGACCCAAUGCCUUCUGGAUCACAGAUCUUCUCCGAUAUGGUCCGCAUCGUCAUUCAGGCCAUCACCAUUGUCGUCGUUGCCGUUCCCGAAGGUCUACCCAUGGCUGUCACCUUGGCCUUGGCCUAUGCCACUACCCAGAUGUUGAAAGAUAACAACUUGGUCCGUGUUCUCUCUGCUUGUGAGACCAUGGGUAACGCCACGACCGUCUGUUCUGACAAGACCGGAACUUUGACUCAAAAUAAGAUGACAGUUGUAGAGGGUACGCUUUCACUCUACCCAUUCACCAACUUGGACGAUGCCAAGAAUUGGAAGCAAGAAGUCCGUCCUGAUAUUGCUCAAGCUGUCAUUGAAGGUAUUGCUCUCAACUCAUCUGCCUUCGAGGACAAGGAUGAGAGGGGCAACAUGGUCUUUGUGGGUUCUAAGACCGAGUCUGCACUUUUGGGUUUCAUCAAGUUCUUGGGUGCUUCUUACAGUGACAUCCGUGGAGAUCGUGAAAUUGCGAAGAUGUACCCUUUCAGUUCUGCCAAGAAAACUAUGUCCUGUGUUGUCCACACCCCCAACGACAAUGAAAAGUACCGUCUUUAUGUCAAGGGAGCCUCUGAAAUCGUUAUCAGGGCCUGCACGCACUAUGUCGAUUCAGAUGGCGAUAUCAAAAAGUUGGAUGAAGAUUCUCGUGCCAAAUUUGACCAGAUUAUUAGCUCGUAUGCAGACAAAGCCCUUCGUACCAUUGCUCUCAGCUACCGUGAUGUUAGCACGUCCGAGUACAAGAACUUCAAUGAUGAGGAGGCCCCUAACUCCAAGCUCAUUUGUCUCGGUGUUGUCGGUAUUCAGGAUCCUCUCCGUCCCGGUGUUGUUGAAAGUGUCCGUGAUUUCGCUCGUGCUGGUGUGACGGUUCGCAUGAUUACUGGAGACAACAUUCAGACUGCCCGUGCGAUUGCUAAGAAUGCAGGAAUUUUGAUUCCAGGAGGAUUGGCCUUAACUGGACCCGAGUUCAGAGCUAUGUCAAAGGAGGAGCAGACUGAGGCUGUCAAGCGUCUUCAGGUGCUUGCUCGUAGCAGUCCCACGGACAAGACUAUUGUUGUGCGCCGUCUUCAGGAGCUUGGAGAAGUCGUUGCUGUGACAGGUGAUGGAACAAAUGAUGGACCAGCACUCAAAAUGGCAGAUGUUGGAUUCUCAAUGGGCAUUACCGGAACUGAGGUUGCCAAGGAGGCUUCCGCUAUUGUACUGAUGGAUGACAACUUUAGUAGUAUUCUUAAGGCAUUGAUGUGGGGACGUGCAGUUAAUGACUCUGUUCGCAAGUUCUUGCAAUUCCAGCUCACGGUCAACAUCACAGCCGUGAUCCUCUCCUUUAUCUCCGCCAUUACUUCGAGUGACAAUCAAUCGGUUCUCUCUGCUGUCCAGCUGCUCUGGGUCAACUUGAUCAUGGAUACACUUGCUGCACUUGCCCUUGCAACUGAACCCCCAAGUCAAGAGGUGCUCUCUCGCCAGCCCAUUUCCAAGACCGCUUCAUUAAUCAACUUUACGAUGUGGAAGAUGAUUAUCGGUCAGGCUAUUUUCCAAAUCGCCAUUAACUUGGCUCUGCUCGAAUUCGGUGCUAAGAUUUUCCAUCUCCAGUCGCCCGAUGGUUCUGUCUCACCCGAAAAUUUGGCCAUACUCCGAACCAUGAUCUUUAAUACUUUUGUGUUCCUUCAAGUCUUCAACGAACUCAACUGCCGUCGCAUUGAUGACUCCCUCAACGUCUUCAAGAACCUGCACAACAAUAAGCUCUUUAUUUUGAUCCAGUUGAUUGUGAUUGGCGGUCAAUAUGUGAUUGUCCAGUUUGGUGGUCGAGCCUUCAAGACCGUACCAUUGACGCCUAAACAAUGGUUGAUCACUCUCGCAAUUGGUUCUUUGUCCUUGCCUGUGGGCGUGAUCCUUCGUCUUUUGCCUUCGUACAUGAUUCCAGAGGCUGUGAUUUCACACAAGAGUGAGUCCCGUGAUCCUCUGGUUGGUCGUGGCAAGCUCCGAUGGGAGGGUGCCACCAGCCAUAUGUCCAGCCAGAGCGCCUUCUUUGACUCUAUCCGCAAGAACAAGCACAAUCAUGUCCAUGGUGAAAAUAAUGGCGAGGAGCGCAAACGAGACCUUUGGAAGAAAGCUUUCAGACCUUUGGGGCAAGGAAGCAACUAAGGAGGAAAUUGCAAUUUGGAAACAAAAACUGAACUGAACUGCACAAAGCGAAGUAAAAAAAAAAACUCUG